CUUCCUCCCCUAUGUUUCUGCUUAUUUGUGGGUACCCUUGUUUAAUGCUAUAUUUCAACUCAGUCUCUGUGUUUUGUUCCUCCGCCUCUCAGUAAAAACCACAGCCUUGGGUGCUGUCCUUCCUUAUUUAUGAAACUCUCCACACCCUCCUCUAUGCUUCCUGUGUCUUGCAGGUAACUCGUGAAAACUCUGCAGCUUUGCAAUGCUGCUGUGUGAGAAAGGACCACACCACCCUUAACCAUUCGAAUGUUAACUUACCAGGCUAUACUUACCCUGAGAAGUGAAGCAGCUGGCGGGUAGAAUGUCUUCUUCAUGGACCACGUUCCUGCUCCUCCACCUGUUUAUCUUCGAUACAUUUUGUUAUAAGCUUCCAAUCUCAGGCAAGGAACAUUUGGUCGCCCUAAAUGAUGAAAUCUUAGACAACCAAAAGCAGUCUUUUCUUGGUAAGGCCGAGGUACUCCGCAAUCCAGAAUGGAACACCGCAAAAAAUUUAGAGGAAUUAUUAUCUAGUUUAGUCCGUUCUAAAAGGGAUGCUCUUGAAAUUGACAGCAGUUCACCAGCUCCAAAUACACUCAAUGCAAUGAGUGAAGAAUUAACUUCAGAUGCACAAGAAAGCCAAACACCGAUUAUCAUAGAGACAUCAUCAUCACACAGUAGUCCUGCAAGCAUGGAUAUCAUUUCUGAGAGUGACACCACUGCUGUAUAUGAAAGUAAACCACAGUUUUCAUCUACCACUGAAGACAAUCAGCAUAUAUCUGAAGUUCACACAACUCCUUUGUCUCAAACAAAUCAGACAGAUUCACUGAAGUCACCUACAGAAACGUCCACACUUGUUCCAGAUCUUCUCUUAACCCUCAGAGAUUCUGCAUCUUCAGAGGCAUCUGAUGGUACAACAGCAAUCUUUGAAGACAUUACCACAUUUGACAAGGUCCUAUCAACUACUAUCCACUACACUGAAAGCAAGGGAAGUGGCAAAGGAAUGGUGGACAAUAAAACUUUUAAUUCUGCUUCCACAACCUCAAGUGAGAGCCUGUUAGAAGAUAACGCAACCUCACAGAAUUCAUCAAACACAUAUGACGGCACCACUAAAUGGAUGACCGACUCCACCAGUUCAUUCAAGAUGACUACAAUGGCGGAAUCUGCAGAGCAAGGACCUCCUGUCCAUGCCAUUAUGAAACAGUGUAUGUUGAUUAUUCUGAUCCUGGCUGUUGUCUGUACUGUUUUUUUCAUCUGUACCAUUGCACUGGCUGCCAAACUUUCCACCUUGAAGAGCAGGUACAAACAAAAACAAGCAACCAGCUAUGCAGAAAUGAUGUGCAUUUCAACACUUCCGCCAGAAAACAGCCAAAACAAUAAUGUUCAUCUUAAAAAAAUGAAGACUUUUACUACCAAUGGGGAGGAUAGUGAUGGUGACGACGACACCACUCUUAAUAGCUUUCUUCCUGAGCACUAGUACAAAAAUACUGCACACUUAAUUGUAUCCAAACCCGCAACAAGGCAUUUUGUUAUUGCCAGUGCAGGGAACAAGGACUUGGUUUAGUAUUGAAACAGUGUAUUAGUUAAUAAAGUAAUACAUUUUGAU